CCUUGGAUAAGAAUAAAAAAAAAUCCAAGCAUCUCUUCACCAUGCCUACCAACAGAAUGCCAGUUCCUGGACUGAAGGCAGUUGGAGGAAAAAUGAGCAAUUCCUUGUGCAUGGAAUCUGUCAGCAAGGACCAUUCAGAGAUCCCUUUGUUAAGGGGUACAUCGAGGAUGCUGGACCACGUCAGGCCUGUUUCUUCCUCCCCAGAGUACAGUUUUGUUCCAGAAGAGAUUUUCCAAGCCCUGACCUGUGCUAGCAGUUCUCUUGGCAGCCCAGACUACUUACAAUCCCACCAAAAAACAAAAAACAGAGUGAGCUUCAGGGGCUGCUUGCGAACCCCCGAUCGGCUUUGGCAUUAUCCUAAUCGUCGGAGCAAGUUCAGACACUUGACAGACCACCCUGUCAGCUUGACAGGUGCUGGAAGGGAUGUCUCUUAUUUGUGUGAUGUGAUGAUCCAAGAAGAUAAGAAAACAGUGGCCCUCAAAAGCUCUUUUUCUCAAAGUCCUCAGGAACAAAGCAGUGGUACAGUCUCAAGUACUCCUCAAGCAACCCUAGCAGAUAGUCUGGUUCCUGAGGAAUUUCACAUCGUGAGAAAGCAGGGAGUUCUGCCCUUGAAGUACUUUGAUGAUAAAUACACAACUCUGCUUGAAGACAGCGAAAAGAGACUACGUCUGUUCCCAUCCAUGAAACCUUCCGGGAGGUUAGAGGUCAUACAGCUGAUGGAGGCAAUGGACAGCAUGCUGGAAAAAGCUGGAGUAGAUGAGCUGAUUGGAGUAACAGGACCUUCACAGCUGCACAGCAUGCUGGAGCUGAUGAAGGCAGAGCAGAACAUCUACAAUGUAGUUUUCCAUGAGAUGAUUCGGCAGGUCAGCGUGGACUGCAAGGAGAGAGGACAGCUGCUUUCUAAACUCAGACAGAGGUAUGUGGAUCUCCUGGAGCGUAUUCCUCAGCAGAUGAAGACACUCUACAAAAAAAUGAUGGCUCAGCAACUGGUUGACAGACAUAUUACAGAAGAACUACUCUAUUUUAAGGAGUGUGUUGCACAGCUGGCCAGCGAACUACAUGAGGUACGAGAACAUGACUGCAAGGUGACCAAAGAAGCAGAAAAAGUUCAAAAGGAACUAGCUGCAGCCAUGCAAGAGGCAGAGGCAAAUGCAAACCUUUUGGAACAGUAUCGAGAGUUAUACGAGUUACAGAGGAGAAGGCUGGAAGACCAGGUUCUGGUGGUAGCUCAAGAGAGAGACAUCUGGAGCUCAGCUGCAUGUAACCUUGCUCUGAUGAUAAUAGAAAGAAACCAGCUCACAUUGAUUCGCAGGCUCCAUAUAAGUGGGAAGGCUCUGACCAAAGUUCUCAAGCAUUUCAUAGUCCUUCUGGCCUCAAAGGAUCUGAGAGACCUUGCUGAUCUACAGGAGGAGACCGAGCAGUUCAAAGGAAUAUUAGGUCAUGUUGGAGCAGAGACAGAGCAUUUGGAGGAGUCCAGCAAGGAAAAACUGCAAAUUGUGCUCAGAAAACUCAACAAGUGGCUUCAGUACCAACACAGUAACUUUUCUUUUCAGAUGAAAGAAGAGCUAUUGGAUGAGAUCUUAGAAGAUACGAAGCUCUUAAUAAAUAUGCUGAAGGAAGAUGUGCAGCUGUAUGCAGGGGAGACAUAUCUAGCCAAGACUGAAAGCCUCAGGAGUGCUGCCAGGAUACAGGGACACUGGACAGAGCUGGGAGAAACGGUGCUGAGUCGACACCGGGUCUUAACUGGAGCAUUGCUUCCACAGCUCACUGCCCUGGAAGAAAUAAACCAAAGUGCACGUGAACUCUAUCAGCAAUAUAACAUAAGGAUAAGUGGGAAUAAUGGCACAGCCAGUUUUUUGACAGUCUUGGUGAGAAGCAUGGAAGAUUGGUUACUCAAGGCGCAAAAGCUAAAGCGAGGUUCUGGCAUGCAUGAAACUGAACUGCAGGCGUUUUAUCACAUGAUUCCUUCAUGGUUGGCCCAAGUGGAUGCAUUAAUGAGCAUUAUAGGCUCCAGUCAGUUGCAUAAAGCUGAAAGUGAUACGGAACUGCAUUUCCCGGUGGUACCUAGAGAAUUUCUUAAGAGGAUUCAACAAUGGAUUUUGUCCGUGAAUACUGAGGUUGAGAAGAGCACCACGCAUCUUAACGAAGAAGUGACUGAACUGCACAGGAACCUGACCCUGUGGCUGGUGAAUUUGCUGCAAUACGUGAUAGCGGAUCGCUUGUCCUCUGAGUGUCCCCAGCAGCAAGAGGCAGACUUCGAGAUGGGCAAGGAGCUCAGUCUUCAGAGUGCUCAGGAACUACAGGAAGAAGCAGAAAAGCUGAUUGCCAAGAUGUGUGGACUGUCUGGUUCUGUAGUCAGCUGCUGCCGUGAGAUUGUCAGCGCAAUUGUUCGGAAGAAACGGUCAGAGAAGGAUGCAGAAGCUGAUUUUGAGCUAGAGGAGCUGGAUAAACUCAAGACUGAGUGCUGUAAUUGGAUUCAAGUGUGUAGCCUUAUCCUUUCAGAGAUCAAAGGCACUCCAGUCUCCUUUCUGCAUUUAGAAGAACUGAGAAACCUCUUUGGAUCAGAGGAAUUGGAGUUGAAACUUAAGGACACUAUCAUUUCUUCAACUCAAGAAGGGCUUAAAGCUGAUGAUGCCAACAGCGAAAAGAAACAAAUAACAGAGAAAGAAACAUCAACAGUAAAGGAGAAAAUCGUCCUUAUGCAGGAGCAACCAGGUGCUGGUACAGAUGAUAUGAGUGAGGGUGAUGAAGCUACUACAGAUGUGAUCAGAUAUGUAGGACAAGACUCCAACAUCCACCUGAAGUCCUUGAAGUCAGACAUCAUUUCAGUUACAGAGAGAGAGAUGACUGCCAGCAAGUCGUCAACUCCCUUUUCUCAGAAAGAGUUUGAAGCCCUGGCACUGCUGGAACACCUGCAAGUGCAGCUUAUAGAAACAGAAAUUCGUGCUCAGAAUGCAGAGCAGAGAUCUGAAGAUUUUGAGAAGAAGCUGGAAGAAGCCCUGGAGAGAAUCCAGGAGCUAGAGAGUGAGCUGGAGAAAAGGGGCAAAGUCGUCCCAGAACCAACACCUAAAGAAGGGCAAGAAAAAUGUUUACAAGAAAGCCUGCCUGAAGGGGAAGCCUGCUCAACUCCCAAAACUUCCACCUCUGGCCAGCACAAGCAAUCCAGAAAAAGCAAAAAAUAAAAAAUAACAAUGCCUGAGCAGUUUCUUGGUGACUAUUCAGAAUAGUUUCUCAUUCCAGUCCACUGCCUUUAUUCUAUAUUAGCCACUCUUCUCUCUGCCAUCUGAGCACUUGUGUUGUUCUUCUAGCUGGUUCUACCACUUCCACACCUGUCUUGUGCUCUGCUUCCCCCCACAGCUCUAGCAUCUCUACGGCUUGUUCACCUUCUCUGUAUGCUGAUACACCCACAUGCAGUACCCCUGCAACCUGAAAAAGCCAACCCACCCACAGAGGUGGUCCCCAGGGCUUCUGCCUCAGUCAGGCACCAGCCUGGGAUAAUCUGAGUAGUUACAAAGCUCUGCCAGGAGAGGAGCAGCUGCCUGGAUUUGGCAUGACUCUGAGGUUUGACCCAGUCUCAGCUCUGAAGCUGUCAAGAAUCAUGUCUGCUCCAAACAGCCCCUGCCAAUUCCCCUGGAGUAAAUUCUAUUAUGGAACCUACCAUAUAUCAGUAACACUGAAGCACAUUUUUAAAUGAUGUUUUCCUUUGAGGUUUUGAGUCUAUACCUCCUGAAGGUAAAAUUACAAGUUUCUGCCAACUCUGUAUACGUUAAAGAGAGAAAAUCCUGCUGGAACAAGGAUUUUUUGGAACUGAGGAAGCAAUUAGCUGUCAUUUGCCUUUUCUGCAACUUUGUAGAAAAGUUGCAUGUUUGAAGAAAGAUGCACCUGACUUCUGAAAAUGAGUGCAAAUAGGGUAAUGUGUGCCCUGGCCUCAUACCACGUGUCUCUGGCCAAGCACUGUUCCUUUCAGACGUUACUUGCAGAGGUGGUGGUCCUUGAUGUGCCAAGGAAUCUUGGUCUGAUUGGAUCGUUUCACAUGAAGUUAGAAAUAUGGCCAGAGAAGUGCUCAGAGAAAGGAUCAUCUGUAGGUCACUCUGUGUGGUGUUUACACCCUUUUGCUCUGGUUGGGAAGCAGGGGCUUAUUCCAGCAUCAGGAGAAAAAAAAAACCAGAACCAGCCUCAGAGAAGUAAAUAUAAAGCUCAUGUUCAUCAGUGGAAGAUUACAGAGCUUCCCAGAAUUAGUUUUCUGUGUCUAGAUCACUACUGAGUUUUAUUACAGACCUACAAGCAGCAGCCAAUGGAAUCCUGCAGCCAGCCAGCUGCAGUUACAGUGGUAGAAUGAGUCAGAUGUGAGGUUACAUCUGGAGCUCAGAUGCAGUGUGAUCACUAAGUUCACAGGUGAGGUUUUUUGUUUUUUUUCCCCUUCUCAACCACCUCUAAGGAGACUAGUGUACUGAGAGUCCCUGCCACAAGAAGACUAGCAAAUACUAGUGGAGUGAGAUGCAUGGAGCACUGAGUGUUGAGAAGGAGAUUUCAUGGAGAGGAAAGAGCUGAUUAAAUACAAAAUUACUUGAUACUUAUUCAAGUAGACUCUUUGUCCCUUGUAGAAAUGCUAAACCAGUACCUGCAGACCAUCCUUGAGACACAGUUCCACGUCCCAGAAGUCUUUCUUAAUUAAUGGUAUGAGCCAAGUGUGUGAAUGUAACUAGCAGGCCAAGAGAGACUGAGAAAAAUGAAUGAAAAAGCAAAAGUGAGCAGCUGGCUGGUCCACCCCUGCUGGGCACACGGAUGAUGGGAAUCUACUGUGGGCGAUUAAGAGCAGGGGGCACAAAAUUUCCUUUGGCCUUUACUGGCCAGCAGCAUGCCAGGGAGAUCUGCUUGGAAGCAGGAGUAGAUGCUGCAGGUCAAGUGAAAGGAGAAGAGCAGAGUUGAUGUCCACCCAAAGGAACCAAGAGCAAAGAAAGCAAGGGCACUGUGUUAUUUCCUUUGGCAGUGCCCCAGGUCUUUCAGGGUAAAAGCUUACAGUAUGUAAAGCUAUUUCAAGUAGCUUUCGGCAGGGAAAAUCUUAUAGGAAUUUUGAGGACUUUCUCCAUUCCUUCCCUGUGAGUUUGGCAGUGCCCCGUGUCUAUCAAGGUAAAAGCUUACAGUAUGUAAAGUGGCUGCAGUGGGCAAAACAACUGUUCUCAAGGCUUUUAGCUGGCUCUUUGCUUAGUGCUGGAUUCCCACUUCUCAGCUCAGUGGGAGUUGGCUAAAUGGGUCAUCUUCCUUGUAUUUUCAGACAGUCCUGCUGGAAGCAGAGGUUCACAAGCUCAGAUCUUGUCCUGUCUCACCACCCAGUGGAAGCAUGUAGCAGCACAGCCUGCCUUCCUCCCUCUACACAAGCAAGCAAGACACAAGCAUUGCCACUUUCCUGCUUUUCUCCUUAGUCUCUAGGACUAAACAUCCUGGUUGCCUACUAAAUAAAUAUAUAUAAAUAUAUAUAUAUAAAUAUGUAUAAUGUAUGGGUGGCAUCUGAAAUCUUAUAUCCAGUGCACCAUGGACAAGACCUGGCUCAUUCUCUUGUCGCAGGAGAACCAGGUUGGCAGCACCUACCAAAUUACGUGCAUGUAAUUACCUGCAUUACCUGCUAAGCCCUUCCCAUUUCCCUCAUUUGUCAGGCUCCCACCCCACCUGCCUGGCCGUUGUCUUUCCCCCAGUUCACACAGAGGAAAAGGCACCUUAGCAAAGCUCCCAUCUGUAGCACCCAACCGCUCCCAGUUUCUCAGGAUGCAGCACGCAGAGGUGGGCUGUGAGGAGGAACAUGUUCCUAUCCAAGAACUUCUGCCUUGGCUUUGUUUACCACCCAGCUGCAGGACUUGCUUUUAUUUAAUAAAAAAAAAAAAAAAGGCUUUUUCAGCCAAAACUGUGAAAGGGAAAACCCCCAAAAGCCUGAGUGUAAGGACACUGGAAAACAAUGCCCUCUGAUAAUACAUUCCCUCCUAGGAGGCAACCUGUGCCUGCCUCUUUUAUCCCACUGUGGAUUUUUCCCUGUAACAAAUGAUGUGUGACAGGCUGUUCGUUUGGAGAUGGGGGUGUUUAAACAUACGGAAGCUAUCAGGCUUUCCUGCCAAUGUGAUGAGGGUAGGACAGAUCAGAUCCCAGGG